AUGCUGACGGACAAGUUCCUUCGACUGCAGUCCUUUUUCUUUCGCCUACUGGGAAUUCAGCUGCUCUUGGAUCGAGGUCUAGGGUGUCGUCGUUAUCCUAGAAGAGCUAUCUUCUGCAUCCUCUCGGUGGGCAGUUUCAUGCCUCUAACUAUUGCCUUUGGCCUACGCAAUAUCCAGAAUGUGGAGGGACUCACAGACUCGCUGUGCUCGGGUCUAGUGGACUUGCUGGCCCUCUGCAAGAUUGUUUUUUUUUUCUGGCAUUAUGAGGAUUUUAGGACUCUUAUACAAAGAUUUCAUAAUAUGCUAAAUAUGGAAAUUCAUUGGACUCCCUGUGAGCUUAUUGUGACCAGGCAGAAUCGACGGGAUCAGUUCAUCAGCGCCUUGUACAGUCACUGCUUCAUGAUGGCUGGUCUCUCCGCUUGCCUCAUGUCUCCUCUGUCCAUGCUGAGUGGCUACCUACGAACAGGAGAAGUCCAACCGGAAUUACCCUUUCCCAGCUUAUAUCCUUGGGACAACUCUCACCUUAAUAAUUACCUCUUCUCCUACUUAUGGAAUGUCUCUGCUGCUUUGGGCGUGGCCCUGCCCACCGUUUGCGUGGACACACUCUUCUGUUCCCUAACCCACAACCUCUGUGCUCUCUUCGAGAUUGCCCAGCACAAAAUGAUGCAUUUCGAGGGUGAGACUGAGGAGGAGACACGCGAGAACCUGGUGCACAUCUUUCAGUUGUAUGAGGAGUGUCUCGACUUGGGUCAUUCGUUGAAUGGUUACUUCCGUCCGCUCAUCUUUGCCCAGUUUGUGGCUGCCUCCUUGCACCUGUGUGUGUUGUGCUACCAGCUGUCCGCUCAUUUGAUGGAGCCAGCCAUGUUGUUCUAUGCCGCCUUUACGACUGCCAUUCUGAGCCAGGUGUCCAUCUACUGCUUUUGUGGGAUGAGCGUCCAGGAGAAGAGCCAGGGCCUCGGUCAAGCCAUCUACGAGAGUAAUUGGUUGCCACUCCUAAAGGAGAAUCUUCCGCUGGUGAAAUCUCUGAAGAUAGCCAUGAUGAGGGCUAGGAGAGGCUGCCAGAUCAAUGGGUACUUUUUUGAGGCGAAUCGACAGACACUAGUUAUGAUUGUUCGCAGUGCCAUCUCCUACGUGAUUCUCCUCAGAUCGCUCGCCUAG